CUGAUCCUGGUGUUAAAAUUAUUCCUUCUGAUAUCUUAUCUAUACUGGAAACAUAUCGGGCUUCUAGAUAAAACUGACAUGGCUGCAAAAUGGAUUCCAAUAUUAGUUACAUUCUCAAUCUUAUACGUCAUUCAGUUUGUAUUUGCUUGUAAUGACGUCAGCACAUCCGCCUGUCAGGAGUUUGCCACACAAAACCCAGCGAUGUGUGACGAUGGGAGUUGUUACGCCACCCUGUGUCCGAGAACCUGUCACAAAUGUGCUUUACGAUGCUACUCGUGUGGAGCUGUGACUAGACCUGAGAACUGUAACACAACAAUAGAGUGUCCAAGCAAGGACUUCGAAUGUGUUCUAUCAAAAUCUUUCACGCACGACUUUAGAGAAGUAUUUGCACUUGGAUGUGCUUUAGGAAAUGUUUGUGACAAUGACAACGGCAACACGAUGUGUUGUUCCAUUGACCUGUGUAACAACAACAAAUCCCAGCCAACUACAACCAGAACGCUUCCUGUUAGUAGAGAAAACAAAAAUAAAGUUGUGAGAAAGACCGCUGCCUCCUGUACAGACAUUCAUGAAGACGCUUGUCGAGACCUUCUGUCCUCAGAUGCCAACAUGUGUAACACAACUUGUGCCAAAACAAUUUGCCCUGUUACUUGUGGUGUCUGCAAACAGUGCUAUGAAUGUGACUAUGUUUCUGAUUCCAGUCAGUGUACCUCCACACGUCUUUGUCAACAAGGAGAGAAUUGUUACGGAAUAGAAACAAUCACUGCGUACUCUGACCACGGUUUUCGGCUUGGAUGUGCACCCGAUUUAUUAUGCAGCCAUUUAGCUUCGAUGGCGGUGAACACGUUUGGACGUAAGCGGGCUUUGGCAGGUGCGUGUUGUGAUGGUAACCUCUGUAACGGCAAUCUUAAGGCCGUGACAACCACGACAACAACGACGACGACGACACCAACAACCACAACAACAAGAACAACAACCAAAGAUCCAUUAUGCCAGUGCAAAGGAACCAAUCAUUUUCAAGUCAGCAAUGAGUGCUACUUCAUCUCGAGUACACACGGGACACGGCAGCACGGGAAGGAUUAUUGCAAAAGACACUGCGGGCACCUGGCCACCUUUACGGAUCCCUCCCAAUUGUCAGCUGUCACACACCACAUCUACUUAUUGAAGCAUGGAACAUCUGGCUCCUUCUCUGAUUUCUUUGGUUACCAUCAAUACGACCACAUGUUUGUGGACGCUAUGAAACAUACCAGUAGUCACACACACUCUACAUACAUUUGGGAGUCCACUGGAAGGACGGUCUCAUCUAGUUUCCUGUCCAACGUGCAAGGCACUUACAGUGAUAUGUGUGCUGUCACAUACAGCUUGCACUCGAGUCACAUCCAGGCUGCGAGUUGCACUGCCUCUCAUUAUGCUCUUUGUCAGCUUAAAAACCAUUAAACAUUUAGAUGUCUCCUUA